AUGCCGUUGCUGAAGGGCCGGAUGGUGGGAGGAUCCCAAGAGGAAACCGAUGUGUUCAACAGGCGCAUCGCUCGCAUGGACGAGCAGCUGCGGCGCCUGCAGAGCCGUGAUUGGCGUCCUGCCAAGUUCCGGGCCGGGAAGCCACUGACACGACCUGGGGAGAGCGGCCAGAGCUGGGACGAUGUCAUGUCACCUUUGAGACCCAGAAUGCUUGGUGAGGCCAGCCCCAUCUCCAAUCGCAGUGAGCAAGAUGGGGAGUCUCCAGGAUCCGAUCGCCUGCCACACGGCCACGAUGGCGCCACGGCCAGCGCCGGCAGCGCUGGCAGCAGCGAGGUGGAGACCUCGGCGCCCAGCGAGGCGCAGGCCGCGGCGUUUCGGCUGCGGGAACAGCAGCUGCUGUCGGAGCUGGUGGAGAGCCGUAGGGAAGUGGAGAAGAUCACGGGGCUGCUGCACGACCGCGAAGAACAGAUCCGGCGCCUGGCGGUGUGUUCCCCACCGUCGGAUCGGCGCGGAACCGACAGGACUGACGCAUGCUGCGCAGCAACCGAGCAACAGCUCCGUGCAGAGUUGGCAGAGCGAGAACGCCAGGUGGCGGCUCUCCAGCAGUCUGAGCGCCUGGCUGAGCGCCGGGCGGCGCAACAGCUGCACGAGGCACGACUGGAGAUGGCGGAGACACGAAGGCAACAGGAGAUCCUCAGUUUGGAGAUGCAGGAGGCGGAGCUCCAACGUCGCGAACGUUGCCACGCGGCCGCCGUGUCCGGCUCCGGCGCAUCGCUGCUACAGAUGAUGCGGCUGCCCCCGGAGGCACCGGCGGAGCUGAAACGAGCACAUCUGAAGGAGGCGGUGAUGGCCCUGAAGCAACUGGUGCAGGAGCUGACGCUCAACGAGCUACCAGAAGCCAGUGGUGCCCACAGCGCCCAGCCGAGGUCGGUGGAGCAGCGUCAAGAGACAUGUUUGGCACAGGCGGACAGCCUUGACACAACCAUGUCAACAAUGGGAACAAUGCCAUGCAUUCCCGAGGAAGAUUCCGAGUGUUCGGGGAGUCCUUGCAGCCCAGCAGUGGGAACGUGA